AUGACCCUCCAAGGCAACGCUGACCUGCUCAGGAACCGGGACGAUGCAGCGAGCAGCACAGCCACAGCUCCCAAACCAGCUGCCACCCGGUGGGCAGUGCUUCCUCCAGCCCCUGCCCGGCCUGGUCUCCAAGACAAUUUGGGGAAAGGGUCUCCACAGCCCCAGCAUGGGCCCCAGAAGGACAAGGAACGCCUCUCACAACAGCUGGCUGAGGCCAAGAUGGCGCCCCGGCGCAUCCCACGCCUCCGGGCUGUGGUCGAGAGUCAGGCCUUCAAGAACAUCCUGGUGGACGAGAUGGACAUGAUGCUGUCCCGGGCGGCCACCCUCAUCCAAGCCAACUGGAGGCGCUACCGCCUCCGCCAGAAGUUGAUUUCCCAGGUGACAGCGGCCAAGGCCAUCCAGGAGGCCUGGCGGCGCUUCAGCAUGAGACACCUCCUCCGGUCUAGCAGGUUGAUGGUGAAGAAGGUGGCAGCAGAGGAGGGGGACAUCCCUUACCACGCCCCACAGCAGGUGCGGUUCCAGCACCAGGAAGAGAACCGCCCCCUGUGCGGGCGCAGGAUGGUGAGCAAGGAGACGCAGUUCCCGUCCUCUGACAGCCUGGCCCCCAGCACCCCCCGGCCAGCCCCGCUCCCGCAGCCCCCGGAGCCUGUGUGCCGGGCUACUCCUCAGGUCCCCGGGGUGGCCUUCCUGCCGCACCAGACAGUCGCAAUCCGAUUUCCGUGCCCAGUGAGUCUAGACACAAAAUGCCAGCCGUGCCUGCUGACUGAAACUGUCAGAAGUGCCUGCCUCAUCCACAUAGAGGGUGACACAGUGAAGACCAAGCAUGUGACUGCCAGAACCAACAAAGGGGGGUGCCCAGAGCCGCCACCAUCGGGAAAUAGCCAGGCAGUCACCAGACCACUCAAAAUCCAAACCCAGGCCUGUGUGGAAACAGAGACAUUUAAAGGCCCCCUCCAGAUAUGCCCUGGGCCUGUGAUCACGAAGACCCUGCCCCAGACGUGUCCAGUGGUCCCCAUACCCAAGACCCCGCCACAGACAUAUUCGGUGCCCGUGAUGACCAAGACCCCACCCAAGACAAGCCCAGUGCCCACGAUAGUAAUGACCAAGACCCCUCCCCAGGUCUCAAUAACCAAGACCCCAGCCCAGAUAUGUCCAGGGCCCACAGCGAUGACCAAGACCCAAGGCCCGGUGCGUCCAACAGCCUCGGUGACUAGCACUCUGCCACAGCCAUGCCCUGUGGCCAAGAUGGCCAAGAUCCCACCCCAGGCGUGCCUGCUGGCCUCAACAUUCAAGCCUCUGCCCCAGACACGUCACAUGGCCAUGAUGGCCAAGACCCCACCCCAGGUACAUCUGGCGACCACCACAGCCAAAAGCUCACUGCAAACAAGUCUGGUGGCCACCACGUCCAAGACUUCAUCCCAGACAUGCCCAGUCACCUCGAUAACCAAGCCCCCAGCCCAGAUGCGCCUGGCAGCCAUGCUAACCAAGACCCCAGCCCAGGUGGCCACUGUCCUGAGGACACUGUGCCUGGCCCCUCCAACAGCUGGAACUCUGAAGGCUCCACCGCAAGCAGCAGCCGGAAUUCUCAACACCUCGUCCCCCAUUCAUCUGAACACGCCAAAGGCCAAGGCUGCCACAAACAUGAAACAGGCCACAGGGGCAGCGAGAGUCUCGCCCCACUCCUACCUGGCUGACAGGAAGGCCAAAUGCUUCCCCCAGCCACAUCCAGGUGCGGCAGCUCCCAAGGCCAUGGACAAGCCUCUGCUGGAGGCAGAGAGAAUCAGGGCCGGCCCCCCGAGGCUGGGGAAUGCAGACACGGCCUCUAAGACCAGCGUGGCCAUGGGAAUGACCAGGGCUAUGUCCUGGACAAAAGUGGUUGAGGAAGGAAACAAGGACUCAUUGCAGGCUCACCUGAGGACAGAAGUUGUUAAGGUCCAGUCCCAGGUGUACGUGCCUGUAGAAAUGGCUGUGACCCUGCCCCAGGGACAGCCGGCCACCUUGCCGACCAAGGCCUUGUGCCAUGAACCUCCACCUUGUGUGUCCCAGGGACAGCCGGCCACCUCGCCGACCAAGGCCUCAUCCCAGCUGCAUCUGCCCACCAAAAUGACCAAGGCCCCCUCCCUAGCUCAUCUUGUCACAUGUCUGAGCAGGGUGCAUUCCCAGUCACAUCUGGCCACAGGAGCGAUGAAGUUCCAAUCCCAAGUACAUCUGCCCACCGGGCUGAUGAAGGCACAGUCACAGGCCCAGCUGGUCACAGACACAGCCAAGUGCCUCUUCACAGCCCACCAAGCCGCUGACCUCACCAGCAAGACCCAGUCCCAGCCACUGUUGGCCGGGCCCAAGGCAUCCACUCAGCCCUGCCAGCACCUUGGCGUCCUCAGCGCUCCGCCCCGAGCCAAGCCAGAGGACAGACUGACCCAGCUCCAGCCCCACAGCCAUGCACUGAGCAAGACCUCCCAGGGCCCACACCCAGUGUCCCCCGAGAGCCAGGGCAUGCUGGUGCCCAUGCUGGCAUCCACCGUGCAGCCCACGUGCAACAUUGAGUCUUGGGGAGACAGCGGGGCCGAGCGGGCCCAGCCAUCGCUGCCCAGCCAGGCUGCGCCCUGCCAAGAGGACGUGGCGGCCUCCCAGCUGGCCUCCCUGUGCACUGAGCUGGCUGCUGUGCUGGGCUCCCAGGAAGACCUCCGUGUCCUCCUGGCCAAAGCCCUCUCCCAGGGAGAAGUCCGGGCAGCCCUGAACCAGGCCCUGUCCAAGGAGGUCCUGGGUGCCACCGUGGCCAAGGCCCUGCCCCAGGGCUUACUGGGCAUGGUGCUGGUGAAGGCGUUGUCCUGGAGCGAACUGGGUGUCACCCUGUCCCGAGCCCUGUCCCGGGGCGAGCUGCGGGCGGAGCUCACCAAGGCCAUGCAGGGCAAGUUGGCCGAGGUUCUCGGCAAGGCCUUGACAGACGAGGAGCGGGCGGCUCUGAGUCAGGCCCUGUGUCAGGGCGAGCUGGGCGCUGUUCUUAGCCAGUCUUUGUCUCAGGUGGCCCUGAGGACUGGAGCCAUCCUCCCAAAGGCCGCCUCGAAAACAGCCGGCAGCGGGAUGACUGUGACGCCAGCCCCGGUGGUGGUGGACUGCAGGGAGAGCCUGUCAGUCUCAUGCGGGCCUGCCCUGGGCCUCGUGAGAACACGGUGCAGCAAGGGCCCUGUGGAUGCUGGAGUGGCUGGUGGCCAAUCGUGGAACUCUGCCGUGCCCAGUGUAGUGGUGAAGCCCACCAGCUGUGCUGUGGCCCCCCGAGGUGUAUGGGAGCCGGCCAGGGACCCUGCACCAUGGGAGACAGUGUGCAGCCAGGCAGCGGUGGAUCCCAGGCUGUCGCCGGAGUUGAUGGUGUCAAUGCAGACUGUGGAGGCGAUACUCAUCCGCGCAGUGAUCACUAUCCAAGCGGGCACACGUGGCUACCUGGUGCGCCGUACCAUCAGGAUGUGGCACGUGAUGGCUACGGUCAUCCAAACUUACUGGCGUGGCUACCGCGUGCGGCGGAACCUAGCGCGGCUCUACCGAGCCAUCACGCUCAUCCAGGCUGCGUGGCGAGGCUACUGCACCCGCAGGGACAACUCCCGGCGUAGGCAAAUGCUCCUCCCGGUCACGUGGGGCGGGCUGCACCCCAGGUCGGUGGCCGCAUCCCCCCAGCCCUGUUUCCAGGACCUGGCGGCCAGGGCCACGUCGGACCACCGCUGUUUCCAGUCCUGCCAGCCCGGUGUUUGCAGCCUCUGCCAGUCACUGAGCUCUGGGCUGGGGAGCCCACCCAGCGUGGUGAUGCUCGUGGGCUCCAACCCUCGCACCUGCCACAUGUGUGGACACACCCAGCUCAGGCGGGUGGUGCAGGGCACGGGCAGGGGCGCCCCAGGCCAUGGGAGCACGCUGUGGUCCCCGGUCUCCCACCUGGUGCCCCAGAAUCCCAGACAGCUGCAUCGCCAGAACAAGGCGGCCACCUCCAUCCAGUCCGCGUGGAGGGGCUUCAGGAUCCGCCGCCAGAUGACGGAGCAGCAGAAGGCAGCCAAGAUGGUCCAGGCCACCUGGAGAGGCCACUACACCCGGAACUGCCUCACCACGGAUGCACUCUUGGGCCGGACAAGCCCAUGGGCCGGCUCGAGGCACUUGCACUCACGUUGGCCUGGUGUCUAGAAACCUGGCUGCCAGCAGGGGACUCCAGGGAGGGGCCUUGUGGCUCUCUGGGUCUCAUUAGUAAAAUCUUCCACAACCUGGA